GAUAUUUACAGACGAUUGUUGUAAUAAUAGUUUGUUUAGAAAUUGCAAUCAGUAGGAUUUUCCAAUGAAGAUGUUCCGACGCGAGAUUUUGGUCAGCUUUCUUUUGUACUUUUGCUUGCAAACUGUACAAGCAGAUGACUGGAGCUACGCUGGAGAGCACGGACCAUCCAGCUGGUCGGAAGAAGCUCCAGCAUGUGGCGACGAUGCCCAAUCACCAGUUGAUAUUCAAACAAACGAAGUUCUCAUUGAUCCUAACUUGCGCAUGUUGAAACUUCAGGGAUACGGACAACAUUUAGACGGCGGUGAAGUUCUCAACAAUGGCCACACAGUUAAACUGAAUUUUCCUGCCAACAAAACAUUUAUAUUAUCUGGCGGUGGAAUGGGAGAAAAUAAAUAUCGCGCUUUGCAGCUGCAUAUCCAUUGGGCAACUCCAGGAUCAACUGACGGAUCUGAACAUACUGUAAAUGGGGGGCAUUAUCCAGCAGAGAUGCAUAUUGUUCACAUAAAAGAACCGUACACCAGCGUCGGGCAAGUUAAAGAUAUGUCAGACGGAUUGGCAGUUUUGGGCGUUUUUCUAAAAGUUGGCAACAGCAAAAACGUUCAUUUUGAAAAGCUCUUACAAGCAGCACAAAGGUGUAGAUAUAAAGAUUCAACAAGCACACUCGAAUCAGGACCAAGAUUGAUUUCGCUUUUACCUGAUUCUGCUUCAUAUUACCGAUAUAGCGGAUCUCUGACAACACCUCCGUGUUAUGAAACAGUAACGUGGACAGUUUUCCAAGAACCCGUUGAAAUAUCACAAUCCCAGAUGGAAAUGCUUCAAAGUCUGAAGUCCGUUUCUGCUCCUGACGCCAUCAAAGAUAGAGUUACGGCGAGCGAUGACAACCGAUUUGUCAACAAUGAUAACUUGGGAGGAAAUUAUCGACCCUGUACAAUCAUUGAAUGGGAGAAUAGUUACUUUAUAUCAAUUAAAUUUUUUUUGAAAGAAGAUGAUGAGACGCAUGGUUGGACUUAUUAUGGUUCAAAUACAGGUACUGAUGAUUGGUCACACUCAUAUCCAGUAUGUGGUCAGCAGAGUCAGUCCCCGAUAAACGUUGUCGAGUCAAAAGUGGUAAAGUUGCAGGAUGCACCCGGAUCGAAUAGCCCAGUAAAACCCAUUAUUUUUGAUGGAUACGACCAAGCAUUAAAAGGUUCAUUUGUCAACGAUGGGCAUUCAGCGAAACUUAACAUCGACAAAGAUCGAACUUACACAAUAUCAGGUGGUGGUUUGAGUGAUUCAUACACUGCAUUGCAACUUCAUUUUCACUGGGGAGAUUUAUCAUUUGAUCGUUUUCACCGGGGAGAUUUAGCAAUUUAUGGAAAAAUUCAUGGUGGAUCAGAACAUACUGUGAACGGUAGAAGAUACCCUGCAGAGAUGCAUAUCGUUCAUGGCAAAAACUCGUACUUGUCAAGUUUAGCAGAUUUUCAGAAGAAUUCAUCUGACGCUUAUGUCGUCAUUGGCGUAUUACUCGACGUUGCCCAUAGCGGCAGUAGUGAAACAAAACAAAAUAAUGACUACGGAAAAAAUUCUAACAUGCAGAAACUAUUACAAGCUUUUGAGGAAAUUAUUUACAAAGACGAUAGUGUAUCAUUUCCCUCUGGGCCAAGCUUAAUUUCACUCCUACCAAGCGAUUAUUCAUUUUAUCGUUACAAUGGAUCUCUCACUACACCACCGUGCUCUGAAACAGUUAUUUGGACAUUGCUAUCUCAUCCCAUCGAAAUUUCUGUGAACCAGUUUAUUGCUUUUGAACAACUGUUCAGUAACAGUGGCGCAGAUGUAACUUCCAGGGAGACUAUAAAACAUGAAAGCACAGCAAUGCUUAUUGUGCCAGGAGCGGGAAAGACCGAAGAAAUAUCAGAAGAUACACCAUUGGCAAAUCUAUCGAAAGGGAUACUUGAUACAAUAACUGCAACGCUAAACAAGGCCAACGUACCUUCGCAACUGUUGCCUGGUAACGAAACAAAAGAUCAUCUUCUGAGAAACAACUAUCGACCUAUUCAACCUUUGAACGGGAGAACAGUCUAUGUCUACGAAGAUGUUGACAAUCCAUCUACAGUUUCUACACCAACUGGAGAACCCGUUGGCAAUACCGGUCCACCUGUACUCGAGAUCGUUCUAUGCACACUAGCAGGAAUCAUCGUAUUUAUAGUUAUGAUUGUUUUGGUUAUGAAGUGUUGCUGCAAAAAGAAACAAAAAAAAUCUAAAUACACAGGCGCCAGACAAACUACUGGUAAUGAAGAAGGUCUCACUUUAUAAGAGAUGUUUAUCACACAAUAACCUCAGUGGUCUUGCUUUUCGUAAAAUAUUGUUUAAUACAAAUGUUUUCUUCAUGACUACGUCAAUGAAAUCGAUCUGAAUUGAAUGAAGCAAGACAGCAGGUGCCACAACAAUUAAGACUUGGAAAAAUACAAUAAAUGACAUUUAACUUGAUAUGAAAGCUAAAUACAUAUUCUUCAUUUGAAUUGUUUACUUUGCCAAUGCUUAAGCUAACAUCACUUGCUUGUUAUUAAUUAAAAAAUCAAAUUUGUUGAAGCCGCGUGUUAUAAAUAAUAGGCUUCUUUAAUUAAACCAAAUUUUAUAAUAUGAGUUCUUUAUCUUAUUGACGUUUACAAAUAGAAAAUCGAAGUUUAUUAUUACGGAA